AUGGAAAUUGUAGAUUUUUUGUCUUAUCUUUCCAGCCAUAUAUCAGAUGCCCUGAGGAAAAAUCAGGAAAGACUUCAAAUAGUCAUUCUUCCACAGCAGCACAGUUCUGACGGGAUUGCACCUUAUGCUGACUUAACUUCAAGGACUGCUCUCAUCGGCUGCUCUGAAAAUUCAAGAAAAAUUCCACAAUCAUCUUCAAGGUCUUAG